CUUUUUGAAUUGCUUUUUUUAUAGUUAUAUCUUGUAACAUAUAAAUUCAUAUUAUAUAACUAAACGUUUAGAAGUUUAAGGCUAAUUAUCAGUGCUCGGGUCUCAAUUAACAAUGGAUAAUCGUCGCUGGAAAGAGAGCUUCCCUAAUAGUAGGCCUGCCUUUCCACAUAACCCUAACUUAAAUAUCCCUCCACCUCCUCUUCCUCCAAGGUUUCCCCCUCCCAAUGUGCCAUUGGUCGUUCCCCCUCCUGCACCGUUUCCCCCGCCAACUCUUCCUAACAAUCCAACCUAUCCUAGACAACAGUUCCUUCCCCCCGCCAGUGAUAGUUCUGUGUAUCCGGUGCCACCAUGGAACGGUCAUUCAGGACGUUCUGUAAACCAACCCCCUCCUCUGACUGAAAGCUUUACACACAACUCAGGAAAUGUUCAAGGCCCUCCCAAUCAACAGCUGCUAUUCCAUACUGUCGUUGAUAGGCCUCCGUAUUCUCCAUCAACAUGGCAAAGUGUUGUGGCCCAUCCUGCUAAUUACCAAGCUCCUUUAGCAGUAAAUCAACCAACAAUACAGUCACUACAGGAGCCAGAAAACCCUCAAGAUUGGGUUGAUCACUGGACUAAAAAUAAAAAGCAAAGACCUUUACCAAAGGAUGAUAUUAAGGUCUAUGCAAUCAAAGAGAAACUGAACAGCGCAUUCAAGCUGAUUAGAGAGUUAGAGAACAGUUCUAGAACAUUGGGUGUAAUGGUGAAAACAGUGACAUCAGAAGAAUGGCACAAGAAAUGUAGUGAAGUAGAAGAUAACAAGAAGAAACUAACAAGACUCUUCAAUGAGUUAAAUAUGACAGAAGAAGAACUCAAUUGUCUGCAAGAAAAACUAUCAAAGCGAACAAAGAAAAGAGCUCGGCUACGCAGGCAGUCACAAAGACUGAAGUCACAGAAAGAAGAAGAGAAAGUUAAAGAACACAACCUUAGUGUCCAAAUUGAUAACUGGAUGAGGGAAAUGCAGGAAAGAGUAGAGAGAGUAAAAAGGGAAGAAGAUAUGAAGAAGGAAGCAGACGCUGUGUUGUGGAGUGUGACACAGAAAAAGACUGAAGCCAAACGUCAAGUGGCAAUGUUGGCAGCUCUGUUGAACCUUCGCUCUGUGAGAGUGGCAAGACUGACUGCGGCUGGACAACCUGUGUCACAGUCCCAGAUUGAUACUUUUAACACAGUCAUUGAGAGGCUAAAGUCAAUGUGGAGCCGGCACCUAGAGGAGUGUCAGCUGGAGGAGCAAGCUCUGAGAGGCAUGUUGGGCUCCAACUUCUCCGACACUACGGACGAUGUCACAACUCACAGGAAACUGGUGCUCAAUGAGUGGGAGGCUGCAAUCUUCGGGACAAUCGGAACACUAGACACCCUCCUGGGGCCGGACGAGCUGGUCCAAAUAAGAUAUUCCUGGGACAGGUUCGCUGUUCCCAUCCCUUCACUACUAGCCUCUGCUGUACCUCCAGGCUACGUACUGCCUGUGCCUCCAUCCAGCGAAUCGUGGCGUUCAUUCCUUAAAUAUUAGGUUUACACUUUGCUUAUUUAUUUACAAUAAAUCGUAACACACUA